UCCUACGUUGUAGCUGACUGACUGACUGAUGCUGUACUGUCACCCUGAAAUCCUUCAGCCGCUAAGGCUGACAGGGUGGCUGACCACUUUGUUGCCUAUGAUCGGUCUGGACGCUGAACUAGUUGGGACGUCUAUGAAAAAAGAUCAGACAAAAAUUAGGACAGUGGCACCCUUAAAAACACAUCGAUUGAGGCUGAUUAUUCCGAUGACCAUCAAGCAAAUAUGUAAAUUGAAACCAGAGCAGGAAUUGGUAGAUCCAACACUUAAACAUGACUAAGUAGACAAGUUUGAACUAGAAAAGGAAACGAAAGAGUUUAAUGUAAGUAGUAGUUGGCAUGACAUCCUAUAAUUUCUAUUUCCAUUGUAUCGUUUAACUGUACCAAAGCAGCAUAUUCCCUUUUGUACUUAGAAAGCCGUUAUUAUGGUUCUCCGAUCUUGUUUGAGGAGCAGAUGGCCGACAUCAACAUUGUAAAGUCCUCAUAGUGAUAGUGUUGAAUAAAUUGCCUGCGUUCAAUGGUAGCUUUUACCAGUUAUAUUUUCAGGAGAACUCGAUUGCAUCACUUUUGUCUAGAACAGACACGGCACAGUGUCCAAAUGGCAUGUGCUGUUUAACUGUUCUUUAGCUAGACCUAAUCUACACGGCUUUCUCAUUAUGGGUAAUACAACAACAUAAGACUGAAAAUAGUUCUGGUCAUUUAAAUUUUUAGUUUUCGAUGUAGUACAUAGGAAGAAUUCGAAUACGAGAGUGAUCUAGAUGAAGGACACUAAACCUCGUAACACAGCUGCCUUUGUACUAUUGUGACCAUUAACCAUUCUGUCACUCGAGCCCGUGAAACUUGGUGUCCAACUCGAAAUCCAUUGUGAAUAUAUGUUGUUGCACCGUUAAGCUAAGCACAUGCUCCAGCAAUCUCAUUCGAUUGGUGUUUAUAUAGAAAGAUUUGCCUUUACUGGGAAGUUUAUGUCAAAUAUUCAAACAACUCAAUAAAGCUGCCAAUAUCCACAGCGAUAUUUCCAAAGCACCACUUACAUAUAGUUUACUUAUUUAACCCAUCUCCGGUCACGUUUUACGAUUGUGUUAUGGGUGAAGAGGUGGGUGAGCUGUUUUUUUGUCUGAGUUCCAAUGUAUCGCAGUCAUGGUGAAUGUAGAGUCUGGCCUAGAUAUUUGUCACCCAAAUUAUCGUACCAUUUCACCAGAGCGAGAUGAAAUUAAGUUAAAUGACAGGUCAAAAUGGUAGACUAAUCACAUGAAAAGCAUGAUCUGAAAAGAAGUUAUGGGUGAAAUAAUAUAUCAACUCAUAACUUAGGAGUAGGUAAUAGUGAUUACCCAUCGAGGUUAGUUUAGUUUCAGGAUACGCAGUGUAUGUUCUACGCAUCUCAGGUGAUGCAGCUCUACAGUCAUGUCAGCUGCAUUUCCAUCGUUAACCAGAUUUUUACGUCCAACUUCACUUUUUCUCAUUCCCCUCAUUCUUGAGCAAUGUGUGUAUUUCACCAACUACCAGUCGGACUUUCUUAUUCACAAUAAACUUUGUUUGUUUAAGUUAUGUGCAUCAUCGUGAUAUUCCGGCCUCGUUAGUAUACGAUUUGCCAGGUUUUUUUAAGCCUAUGAACUUUCAUUGUUCUAGAGAUUGUGUUAUAUAUAGUACUUGUAAUAUUGAUUAGGAAGUUAUAUUUUCCUCUACAGGUUGCUGGAUUGCAUUGCAAAGCUUUUCGGUUAAUCUUUCGAGCUAACCAGCUGACUUCCAUCUGGUGUACAAAUUAUGAGCUCACAAGGUUUACCUCCUGGAUGGUCUAUGGGUUAUGAUAGUAUCACUGGUUUCCCAUUUUUUAUCGAUCACAUUAACAAGUCAACUACAUGGGAAGAUCCACGAAAGUCUAAAACUCAAAGUAAUAUCACACAAAAUUUACAAUCUGUCCCAUCUUAUUCAUCUGAAUCUAUUAAUAAUCGUCGACAAUAUAACCUUCCUGGAAAUGAACCAGUGAUCGAUCCUUCCAAUCCAGGAGAUAUUAAAUUAGGCAAUGUAGGAGAUAACAUUCAACGUAAAACUCAAUCACAUUAUGAUAAUGUUAGUGAACCAAUACCAAUCAAGGUGCAUUCUAUCAGCUCUUCGAAUAAUAAUAAUAACAAUGAUAAUAAUAAUAAUAGUAACCAUCAUGAAUAUGAACAAAAGCUGAACAACACCCCAGCAACUCAGUCGUUUGAUUCGUAUAAAUCUAAUCAAAAUUCUUCCACAAAUAAAAGCGAAUCAAUUCCUAUCAAAUCUGUUUCUGUUAAAAUUUCAGAUGAUAAUAAUAAUAAUAAUAAUAGUGAUAAUAAUGAAAAUGUAUCUCAACCAACAACAUCAGAUCCAUUCUCUCUUAUAGAACAAGCUCAAUGUGAACUUGCAGAAAUAGAAGCUGAGAUUAGCGGGUUUACUUCUUCAUAUAAAACUAAAGCUUAUCUGUUACUCGAAGAUAAACUUGAUAAGCUUAUGCUACGAUUGGAUAAAAUCGAUUCAUCUGGUGAAACAUUUAUCAGAAAUAAACGUCGUGAAGUUAUAUUGGCUGUUCAAAAUGCUCUUAAAAAUCUUGAAAAUAAACUGACACAAAUAAAAUCAGAUCGUCAAGAGCAUGAUAUCAGUUUAACUGAUCAAUCUUCUUCUAAUAAUAAUAAUAAUAAUAACAAUAAUAAUACCAAUCAUAAUAUAAAUAAACAAGAUCACUCAUCUAUAGAUUCUAGAGAAAUUCAUAUAGGUUCUAAUGAAGAAUGUCAAGACAAGUAGAUCAUUCUCUAUGGUACUUUAUUUUAUUCUUUAAAACUUCAAUGUAGUUCAGUAUUUUCCCGUCUACAUUAUAAUAUUUUCUGAUUAUUAUUAUUAUUAUCAUUAUUACCAUUAUCAUGUGAAUAGUUUAUUUGCUUGUAUAAAAAAAACUAAUAUGACCAUAAUUGAUGCGUUCAUUACUGAAAAGUCUUCUUAGUCGCUUUAUCAUGUUACGAUAGAAAUUUUAAACUUUUUCUCCAUCCUAUUCAUAUCAAGAUAUGACGAUAUUAACUUCUUUUGUCACCAUAGUCGGAAGUUGUCUCUCGUAUUUAUGUUAUGUUCACAUAAAACAUAAAGAGAAAGUCCGGUUAUACUUGAUUUUGAGGGGGUUUUUUUAAAUAUAAUAUUUUUAUUUCAUA